ACCCUGCGGCGGGGCCUGAGGUCAACCUCCUACCGCCGGGCCGUGGUGAGCGGCGUGGACUUCGACAGCUCCAGCAACUUUAAGAAGAAGAACAGGAUGUCCCAGCCCAUUCUUAAAGCCGUGGUGGAAGAUAAAGAGAAGUUUUCGAGCCUGGGGAGGAUAAAAAAAAAAAUGCUGAAAGGACAAGGGACGUUUGAUGGGGAAGAAAAUGCUGUAUUAUAUCAGAACUAUAAAGAAAAAGCUCUGGACAUCGAUUCUGAUGAAGAGUCUGAGCCCCGAGAGCAGAAAUCGGAUGAAAAGGUUGUUUUUCGCUAUAAGCCCCUGAGAUCAACGUGGAGUCAGCUGUCCGUUGUAAAGAAGAAUGGAUUAUCAGAUGGAAUUAGCCAGGAGGAAAGAAAAAGACAGGAGGCAAUAUUUGAAGUGAUAUCUUCUGAGCAUUCUUAUUUGCUGAGCUUGGAGAUUCUGAUCCGGAUGUUUAAAAAUUCCAGGGAACUGAGUCUCACGAUGACCAAAACGGAGAGCCAUCACCUCUUCUCCAAUAUCACGGAUGUUUACGAAGCAAGCAAAAAGUUCUUUAAAGAACUUGAAGCACGACAUCAGAACAACAUCUUCAUUGAUGACAUUAGUGAUAUAGUUGAAAAGCACGCUUCGUCAACGUUUGACCCCUAUGUCAAAUACUGCACCAAUGAAGUCUACCAGCAGCGAACACUGCAGAAAUUACUAGCCACAAACCCAGCGUUUAAAGAGGUGUUGUCACGGAUCGAGUCCCAUGAAGACUGCCGGAAUUUACCCAUGAUCUCUUUCCUCAUUCUUCCCAUGCAGAGAGUCACUCGUCUGCCUUUACUGAUGGAUACUAUUUGUCAGAAAACUCCUAAGGAUUCAUCAAAAUAUGAGAACUGCAAGCAGGCUCUGAAAGAAGUGAGCAAGCUGGUGCGUUUGUGCAACGAAGGGGCUCGGAAGAUGGAGAGGACCGAGAUGAUGUACACAAUUAACUCCCAGCUGGAAUUUAAAAUCAAGCCGUUCCCGUUGGUUUCUUCCUCACGAUGGUUAGUGAAAAGGGGCGAAUUAACAGCGUACGUAGAAGACACUGGACUUUUUUCUAAGAGAACUUCCAGACAGCAGGUGUACUUCUUCCUCUUCAAUGAUGUCCUCAUUAUCACCAAGAAGAAGAGUGAGGAGAGUUACAACGUCACCGAUUACUCGUUACGGGACCAGCUGGUGGUACAGCAGUGCGACAGCGAGGACCUGCCUUCCUCUCCGGUGAGGAACACCUCGAGCGUGCUGUACUCGCGGCAGAGCUCGGCCACGCACCUCUUCAGGCUGGCGGUGCUCAGCAACCACGCGGGGGAGAAGGUGGAGAUGCUGCUGGGAACAGACACUCAGAGUGACAGAGCUCGCUGGAUCACAGCGCUCGGACGGGACCGAGCCGGGCAGAAAACCGACAGGACAACUUUGACUCAGGUAGAGAUCAUCAGGACGUACACAGCAAAGCAGUCAGAUGAACUGUCCCUUCAAGUUGCUGAUGUUGUUCUGGUUUAUCAAAAAGUGAAUGACGGUUGGUAUGAGGGGGAACGGUUGCGGGACGGCGAAAGAGGUUGGUUUCCCUUGGAGUGUGCUAAAGAAAUCACGUGUCGUGCCACGAUUGACAAGAACAUGGAGCGGAUGGGACGCUUGCUCGGACUUGAAACCAACGUGUAG